AUGGUCGCCGUACGACUGCUUUCUGUUGCAGUUUCUGUUAUACUUUUGGGUACACCACUGUGCAGAGGAUACACGAAGAAUCUGGCCAGAGGUAAACCCGCAUACCAAAGUUCCACCCACAAAAAUGGGGCCAAUGCCAGUGCUGCUGUGGACGGUAACUAUGACAACGACAUGUCCCAUGGGAGUUGUGCCCAAACCAAGGCAAUUCAGGGGCAAUGGUGGCUGGUGGACUUAGAAACCACGGCGAGGGUGGCAGGUGUCAUAAUAACAAACCGUGGCGAUAUGCGUUUUUACCGUUUGAAUAAUUUCGAAGUGAGGGUUGGAACCUCUUACGAGGAUAGUUCAUCAUUCAUCCAGUACAAACUCUGCGCCAGUUACCCGGGGGCGGCACCCGCGGGGAACACGUCUCUGUCCUGUGGGUCACCACUGAGGGGACGAUAUGUCUUGAUCAUUAAAGUUGGCAAUGAUACGUAUAACUUGCAGCUUUGUGAAGUGGAGGUUCGCGGCAUUACAAGUUCAACCAGGUUUCGGCGGGUAGCAGCAGGUGCGCGCGCACCCCUCGUCCCCAUAUCCAAGCUGAAUGUGGAGAGCCUCAUCGAAUGCAGCAUCUCCUGUAUGAAACACUGGCAGUGUGUGGCCAUAAAUGUUCUCUGUGCUGGAAAUGACCAAUGUGUCUGUGAACUUCUGCCCAGUACUGCCCAGUCCGGCGACUUGCAGGCAGACACUGGAUAUGAAUAUUAUGAGGACAACCGCUUUGGCAAAGUGUAGGAAGAUGUCUUCUAACGGAUGUGGAUAAAUCGCUUUCGGAUGUUAUCAGACCUUUUCAUUAAAUAAUCUUAUACAAUGCCAUGGUUUAUAUUUGUGUAUUCAUGACCCCACAUACAGCUUUCACUGACCCUUUUGAAACGAAUUAAAGACGCGUCUUCUUGGAAAAUUUUAUAACUGCGAUUUUACGGCUUUGGCAGUUAUUUAAUGUCUUUUUAGUGAAAUUUUGUAAGCAAUGAAAUGACAUUUAGUUUUCUAAUAAGGUAAUUUUCUUACACUAUUUUCCUUCUCUAAUUGCGAUUUCUGAUGAACAUAAUCGGAUAUUAGACUCUAAAUAAAUCAUUGUCAUCAUCAUUAUCCAGAGACUAACGUGUUCCACUGUUGGACAAAGGCUUCAGCAUGCUUCUUUCAGUGUCCAGGCAUUCUGUCUUUCUAAUUUUUAUCACUACUCGUCUGUUGUAACUUAUCCCUCCAUCUCUUACCAGGCUUCCCUUGUUCUCUAUGCCCAAAUCUUAGUGUCCAUCUUGUCUGCAAUUAUCUUGUAUUUAUAUUAUAUGACGUAUGUUAUCAUGAUUCAAAUUGUAAUUUACAGAGAGAACACAUCAUCUGAGGCUUUUUUAGUUUUGUGCAAAAAGUCUAGCUGAUAAGAUAGUAUUUAUAAUGCUUAUUUGCAAUUAACCUUAGUUUGUCUUGUGUAGAAAUAAAUGGUUUUCUAAUAAUUUUUU